CUCGAAAAUGUGCACAGAAAGGAUUUUGGCAGCUCCACUUACUUCAUUAAAACAUUGGCCAAAAUUGGUGAAACUUGGGCAGUCUUAAAGCCCUUAACAACUGUUAACAAAAUUGCAAUUGUAUAUUCAAUAUAACGGUGAUCGAUAAGAUAGAUCGACAAGACACAUACGAUAACGAUUGUAUAUUCAUGUUAGAGAUAGUUAUCCUCCAUUGUAGACGCAGUGAACAUCGCAGAAAGAAAUAAUUCGUGAACACUCUGAGUGACCGGUUAGAACAGUCGUCUGAAAACUAGGAGGUUUAUAAACUGGAAGACAAAAUUAACUGAGUACUGAAUGACCUCGACGAACCAGUGGUGGCUUACGUAUUAAAUUUAUAGUAACCUGCCAUCUGGCGUACAGUACGACAUUGCAGUGGCCUCAAGAUGGCUCUACUAUCAAAGGCGAGAGGAUGGAUAAUCGUGUAUGUAGUGGUGUGGGCGUGUACGCUGCCACCAUCAAUGGGAUACCUAUCGGAGGUGCUGAGAGUGGGCAUUAAUGCUCAGUUCUGCAACCAAGAUGGAGCCACGCUGUUCUGUGACUAUAAAGGCACUCGGAGGAUGGUUCAUAUGGAUGAAGAGCUUGACUCAUCGGUGCAGAAAGUCUUUGUGCACAACGCUGUGAAGCUGCAGCUGAGUGAGUCAGUGUGCAUCAAUGUUAUGCUCAACAAUGUGGCCGACGUGGUGGUUGUGAGAGGCGAGGGGCAGCCCUGUGAAGCUCACCUUGAACUCUUGGCCAGAAAUUCAACCUUAGAUAGACUGCCUAACCAGGUGCAUUAUGUUCACCUGGAGAAUAGCAUCUUCAACUCGCUAGCCACAGCCCUCAGCAUCACUCAGCUCACUGUCAUCAACUCAAGCAUUAAAGUCCUCGACAUCUCCAGCCCUCUGCAGAACGACGUCCCCGCUAAGUUCGAAUCGUCUAAAAUAGACACACUCGAAAAACUGCAUGUAGCAAAUGGAUCGGAACUCAUACUCGACAAAUCUUCUGUAGAUAUCGUUUCUUCACAUGGAUUAAUUAUUGAAGCUCGUGUAGUGCUCAGAGAAUCGUCAAUAAAUGCAUCCUUAGAAGAGAGUGUCGUCAUGUAUCCAGGAGCACUAAAACUUGACAGCUUUUCUGGACACCUGGCGGUUAAAGUCAAGUCUCAGGGACCCAACGGGAGACCACAGGUGACCCUACCUCCUUGUAUAAGUAUUCCAGAUAAAAGUUACUGGGAAGAAUUUAUCACGUGUCUCAUACUACUGAUAAUUGCUUUCGUUUUCAUUGUAACUUUAAUUUGUAUCCUCAAAGGUAAAUUGUCGCUUGGAGACUGGAAGGUGAAGGAAAGCAAGAAAAGCUCAAAAACAGACUUAGAAUGUUCGUUGAUUGAUGGAUUAAUCAAUACUUCAACCCAAGUAACUCUUGAUGAUAUAUCCGAAACAUUUGCAAUUAUUCCAGUGAGAAAUUUGGAUGAUAUACAUUCCAAGAAUACAGAAAUUUCAACAUCGCUGCUAAGUGAUAAAUCACUGUGUGAAGAGGAACUCAACCAGUUUUAUAGAAAGAUCAACGAUCUCGGAAAUGGAGAAGCUAGCAACGUUACUCAUGCACAGACUCAAGCCGAUUAUUAUAAAACUAAGCAUUGUGAAAAUAGUAAAUAUAAAAAUGCGAAAGAAAAGCCAUUAACAGAAAUCAAAGUAGCUGAAGAUGAACAUAAAAAGGCACAGGAAGAGAAGCACAAAUAUGAAUAUCUGGUAAAAAUAAACACGGAAAAGAAAAAGAUGAGAGAGCAAGCUGGUAAACACAUAAAAAAAUAUGUACAGAAAAUGCGUGAGAGCACUGAACAAGUACUGGAUCUCUGGAACAAGACGAUCGUCUCAUUUGACUGGAACACAUUUAUGGUAGAUCCCCAGGAAUGGCUGACAUUUUUUAAGUGUCAAAUAAAGGAAAGGGAGUACUGUCUGAAAGUCCAAACUGAACGAGAGAACUCUACUUAUAAAACAAGUGAAAAGAUACUGAAUCAAAGCAUUAGUGAGAAAAAUGAGCAAUUAAAACACAAGCUUGUUAGUGAUAUCAGUAGUAUUAAGCGUGACUUUAAUGAACGUAAAAAAGGAAAGACGGGAAAUCUGAAAAUUUUUAAAAUAAAGACAGACACCUGUAAAAUCAAACAUGGUGUACGUAAGGAGGAGAAUCUGAAUGUCGAGUCUCAAAAACUUAAGGAGUCUCACGAAAAUGCUCUGUUAUCUCUCGAUGAAAAUUUUUUGCAGGAAAUGCGACUUAUCUUAGAGUCUAUCUUGACUAUGCAUAGACUGAUUGUCCUCUUUUCAAUACACGUGAAAAUUAAAAGGUGUUCGGAAAAGCCUGAGGGAGCAUCAGCGGUCAGCAGUCAGAAACUGAAAUUCAACCACUAUUAAACUGAUGCCGGCAUUGUGAAUUAGUUUUGAUUAAAUAUAUAAGAUUA